AUGGGACACAUCGAUGGAGCAGAGAUCGCGAAGCAUAGUACCAAGAAAUCGUGUUGGAUCGUCCUUGACUCGAAGGCUUACGAUGUGACAAACUUCGUGCCGGAACACCCUGGUGGGGCGGUAAUCCUCCUUCAACAUGCCGGAACAGAUGCGACAGAGGAGUUUAAGAAGUACCACCCGUUGGACUACAUCAAGGACUAUCUACCAGCGGAUUGUCUCCUUGGACCCGUCGACCCCAACACCUUCGGUCAGCUACGCCAAGUCAAAGAUGAAAGAGCAGUAACAGCCUCAGAAAUCGACUCAUCCAGAGAACAGCCACACCUGUCAAUGUGUGUCGUAGCCACCGAUUUCGAAAAAGCAGCAAAAGCCGUUCUUCCCCAUAAAUCUUACGUCUACGUAUCCACCUCCGCAAACACCGGACUGUCGCUCCAAUGCAACCUUGAUGAUUGGGGUCGUGUCAGUUUCCGCCCUCGCGUGAUGCGCAAUGUCGGUGACGUAGAUACGCGCCGCAAGAUCUUCGGGCAUGAAUCGCCGUAUCCAUUUUACAUCUCGCCAAUGGGCACUAUGGGCGCGAUUCAUCCCAACGGAGAGCCGGAAAUGUACAAAGGCGCACUGCGGAAAGGUAUUCACGCCGUUGUCAGUACGGCAAGUUCAAAGUCGACAGAGCAGAUCAUGCAGGCUUUCAUGGAGGCGCAGAAGAAAAUGAGCGCGAGCCCGACGAAGUUGUUCUUUCAGUACUAUAUGCCAGUAGAUCGGAAGAAGGCAAUGGAGUUACUGAGGAUCGUGAAGAGGUGUGACUACAAAGGCUUGUGGAUCACGGUCGACGCCCCGGUCUUGGGAAAGAGGACUGCAGAUCGAUAUCUGCAGGCUGAAGAAAUGCUGUCAAUGGGCCUCGCAGAAGAAGCAACUGCUGAAUGGGAGACCAGUGGCGAUAACAAGUUCGCCCCGGCGAUGGGUGGGCGAAUGGUGCAAGGGCAGUUGAGCCCAUAUAUGAGCUGGGAGGACUUGGCUUGGAUACGAAAGGAGUGGGAUGGUUCUAUCGUACUCAAAGGUAUUCAAUGCGCCGAAGAUGCGAAGCUUGCCAUGGAACAUGGAUGCGAUGGUAUCCUGCUGAGCAAUCACGGAGGUCGACAACUGCACACUGCGCCGAGCGCACUCAUGACGUUAUGCGAGAUACGCACGUACUGUCCUGAGGUAAUGAACAAGCUGGAGAUUUUCCUGGAUGGAGGGUUGAGAAAUGGAAACGAUGUUUUGAAAGCUUUGUGUCUAGGCGCGACCGCGGUUGGUGUUGGUCGCCCGUUCUUGUACGCGCUUGGAGCAUAUGGAUCAAAGGGUGUUGAGAAAUGCGUUGAUGUGCUCGCCAAAGAGCUGCGGACUGGCAUGCGGCUGCUUGGCAUCACUUCUCUCGAGCAGUGCAGGCCUGAGAUGGUCAAUGCCAGUCGUCUACUCAACGAGAUGUGGCGACCAGAUCAGUUCAGUGUUAGAAGCAAGUUGUAG